GUUGACGGCAAGAUCGCCGACUUGAGAAAAAAAAUCACAAUCGAACAGACUGUUCACGAUGGUGCUCUCAAGAUGUUGAAGAACCUCACGGACAAGAGCGCGAGAAACCAGUGCGAGAUGAACGCAACAGAGUCAAAGAGGAGGCUCGACUUCCUCGACGGAGAGCUUCGCAAGUUGUACGUGCGAAAGCAGAGCUUCACCCAACAGACACCCACAUCGGAAGGCUCUGUCAGAACCUUCGGCAGCCGACACAGCUCUUUAGAAGAUGUGAUGCACUCCUCGGCCGGCGGGCCAACUUCCCCAGCUGGGCAUCGCGGAUUGCAGUCACAAGGCUCUGGAUUCUUUGGGAACAUAAUCGGCCGUGGUUCCCAACCUGGGUCCGGUGUGACAUCCCCGAAUCGUAGCUCGUCCGCAAACUCUCUAGAUUACGCACAACCGAGCGGAACCACCGCUUUCGAUAACAUGAAGUACGGAACGGCCUUGACGUCCGACAAAAUCAAGUACCGCUUGAAGCAAGUCCGUCAUAAGUUGGACGUGGAACAGAAAGUCAAGACAGGGACUGAAAACAUGGUCAAAGCUAUCGCUGACGCUCCUGCCGCGUCGCAGGAUCCGUCGGUAAUGACAGAGCUGCUUGAGAAGAUUGCUGAAGCGAAUGCAAAACUGGCGUUUUUGCAAAAGUCGGAGCACAAGUAUGCUGGCCUGAAUGUAGAGGACGAGGAAGAGGAGGAGAACUAUCUGGCUGACGUGCGCCUUCGCAAGACUGGCCGCCUGAAGUUGAAGCUUCUCGGGGCGACGAACCUACCUGGACGGAGAAAUAGCAAGGAAGAGCUCAAAGCCCUCAUUCGGGUCGAUGGAGUCAUCAAGCACGAGACAAAGUACACUCGCAAUCAAUGGAACGAGUACAUAGAUCUGCAAGUCGACAAAGCUCAGGAGGUGGAGAUCGCCGUGUACGAUCGCAAUCUGACACUGCUCGGGCUUGUUUGGUAUCGAUUAUGGGAGCUCGACGAGGAUAUCACGGCCAAAUACGGUCAAGAGCAUGAUCGCGCGGAUGUAGAGGAGACCUGGCUUGAUAUGGAGCCUGCUGGACAAUUGCUGCUGAAGAUGAACUUUGUGCCCUUGGGACGUACAAAAACCGCGAGGGAUCAAGUGUUUCGUCGAAAUCCAGUCCAGAAAGUUUUCCCGAAGAACGGGCACCGAUUCUUGCCGCAAAGUUUCUAUCAUGUCAUGCAAUGUGCUCUAUGUCACGAGUUUUUGGGCAGGCAAGGCUACCAAUGCCAAAACUGCUCGUACACUGUACAUGCAAAGUGCUAUAGCCGGGUCAUCACAAAGUGCAUCACGAAAGAGGAGAUCCGAGGACCAACGAGGGACAACAAUUCCGGACAACUGCUCAAGUACAAUAUUCCCCAUCGAUGGGAAACGACCACCAACCUCGGGGCAGCCUGGUGUACCCACUGCGGUUACAUCCUACCACCUGGUCGCAAGAUGCAUCGCUGUUCCGAAUGUCAACAGACGAGUCAUAGGGAGUGUUCACCGUGCGUCCCCAACUUUUGUGGCCUAGCUCCUGAGAUGGCGGAUAUGCUUGUUGCGGCUUUUGAAGAACAUGAGCGCAAGUUGCAUCAAAGGGAGAUGGAAGAAGCUGAACGGGCGCGAAGAGCUACCCUUGAAGACUCUACCCAUGCUCAGUUACAGCGGCCACCAUCUCAAGCCGUGACGCCGGGAUCGUUGCCGAGCUCCAUGAUCGCACCGCCUCGUGGCGACUCGAUCGCUGGAACCGAAGCCAUCAUCUCGGCAUACCAACAAAUGCCGCCUCAAGCUAAGCCGUUGCCCACCCCGCCUUCGCAAAGCGCCCAUAGUGCCACUCCAUAUGACGCUUUAGCACAGCUGCGUAUUGGCGAGACUUUACCGAGCACCACCCACCGCCCAAUGAUGAACCUGCCGCCGACAAAUAUCACCUUGAAUGACUUCGAUUUCAUCGCGGUUCUCGGUCGCGGUGCUUUCGGAAAGGUGAUGAUGGCCGCGGAAAAGCAAACUCAGCAACUCUACGCCGUCAAGGCCCUCAAAAAGGAAUUCAUUAUUCAAAACGAUGAUGUCAAGUCCACCAAGCUGGAGAAGCGCAUUUUCCAGGCGGCCUCAGCCGCGCAUCACCCGUUCUUGGUGAACCUGCAUUCCUGCUUCCAGACGGAUAAUCGAGUGUAUUUUGUUAUGGAGUAUGUCAGUGGGGGAGAUCUGAUGGCGCACAUUCAGGACAAAAAAAGAUUUUCGCAGGCGAGGGCGAAGUUCUACGCAUGUGAGGUGCUGUUGGCAUUGGAGUACUUCCACAAAAACAACAUCAUCUACCGUGACUUGAAGCUCGACAACAUCCUGAUGUGCCCGGACGGUCACAUCAAAGUUGCCGACUACGGUAUCUGCAAAGAAAACAUGCCAUACGGCCAAACCACCCGAACGUUCUGUGGGACUCCCGACUACAUGGCCCCAGAAAUCCUCAGCUCCAACCGUUACGGCCGGUCCGUCGAUUGGUGGAGUUUCGGGGUUUUGAUCUAUGUCAUGCUUGUUGGGCGGUAUCCUUUCCAUGGCGAGGACGAGCAAGAUGUGUUGGAUGCGAUCCUGAACGAUGCGGUGGAGUACCCGUCGAACAUUCCGAGGGACACGCUGUCCUUGUUGCAGGGGUUGAUGAACAAGAACCCAGCGCGGCGUCUCGGAGGAGGGCGCCUUGAUGCGGAAGAGAUCAAAAGGCAUCCCUACUUCCUUGGCGUCGACUGGCAAGCGUUUAUGGACAAGAGGGUACCACCUCCAUGGGUUCCCAUUAUCAAAAACGCAACGGACGUUUCCAACUUUGAUCCCGAGUUCACGCGCGAAAAAGCUGUCCUCACACCCAUCAACUCUGUCCUAACAUCUGCGGACCAGAACGAGUUUGCCGACUUCAACUAUGUUUCCGAGUGGGCCAUACAGGACAGGGCUGCCGGUGCUCGGCACGGCGCAAACUGA